AUGGAAGCAAUACGUACUGACAUAUAUGUCACAAAUGUAGAAGCAAAUCGCGGUAUUGCCCUAAAUUGUGUACCAUUUUUCAACGCAGCCAAAAAGGAGAAGGAAGGGAAAUCUCCUAAGCCUUCUCCGAAGCCUGGGAAGAAAGAGAGUACCAAGAAAACCGGCAAGGACCACUCCACCAAGAGUAGCCUGGGCAAUGACCUGCCCCACACGAGCACAGAGAAGGAGCCGAACCACAAGACUGUGGUUGUCGGUGGCUUCAAAACCGAGGUUUUGGGAACAGCUGACGAGCGCGAUGUGCUCUUCCAACCGGGGCGCCUGAUUGUUGAUCUGAUCGCCGCCCGUGACUUGUGUGACAGGGCCAAGAGUCCGUAUGGGCUGGCCUCAUACGAACAUAAUCAAAUCCUCUUGCCCGUACACAGCGGCAAAAAUCCGGUCUGGGCCGCCCAGGCUGUAUUUGAUAUUGUAAAUAGCAACUAUCAAUUAACGAUUCAUAUCCUGGAAAAAGCUGAGACGCAGAACAAUUUCCUUGGAAUGUUGCACAUCCUCCCCUCAUGGGUCCCCAAUCAACCGUAUGAGAACUGGUAUAACCUGCAAGGAGACGGGGAGAUGGAGGUAUCUGGGCAGGCCCAUGUACGUGUGACCUUUAAGAAAGCGGACACCCGCAAGUUGACUGUGGAUGACUUUGACUUGCUCAUGGUCAUCGGCAAGGGCAGUUUCGGAAAGGUUCUGCAGGUCAAGAAGAAAGAUACCAAUCGCAUCUAUGCCAUGAAAAUCUUAAAGAAGGGUCAUUUGAUUGAGCGAGAUGAGCUGGAACAUACCAAAUCCGAGAGAGCUAUCCUGGCGAAAAAUAACAACUGUCCCUUCCUGGUUGGUCUUAAGUUCUCGUUCCAAACGCCGGAGAAGUUGUAUCUUGUGCUCGAUUACAUCAACGGAGGAGAGCUCUUCUUCCAUCUCCAAAAUGAAGGCACAUUCAGCGAGAAUCGGUCUCGAUUCUAUGCUUCUCAGCUUGUGCUGGGAUUGAAAUACCUGCACGAGAACGAUAUCAUCUAUCGCGAUCUCAAGCCGGAAAAUAUUCUCAUAGACUUUAUGGGUUAUAUCUGCUUAACAGACUUCGGUCUUUGCAAGGAGAACAUUAAGUGGGACGACAUCACAAACACAUUCUGUGGCACACCCGAGUAUAUGGCACCUGAAGUACUGCAGCAGAAAGGCUAUGGCCCUGCCGUAGACUGGUGGACCAUUGGUGUGUUACUAUACGAAAUGAUCACUGGCCUCCCGCCAUUCUACGAUGAGAACACUAAUCAGAUGUACCAAAAAAUCCUAUUUGCUGAUUUGAAGUUUCCGCAAGGAGUUUCGAGGGAAGCCACUAGUAUUAUUAAGCAGCUGUUGGUCAGAAACCCUCAAAAUCGUUUGGGGUAUGGCGCAACCGGUAGUCAAGACAUUGUUGAUCACGAAUUCUUCGCUGUUAUCAACUGGGACGAUAUGUGGAACAAGCGUCUAGUAGCUCCCUGGCGUCCUCAUCUGGAGGAUCAACUAGACACCAAGAACUUUGACGAAGAGUUUACUGCGUUGCCGGCUCAAGACACACUUGUGACGGAAGCACCUAUCACGAACACCAUGCAGGCGGAGUUCAAGGGUUUCACGUACUCGGACACUAAUGAAUAUCUAGAGAACUAGUCGCGACCGUUCAUCCUUUGAAGACUGUGUGCUAAUGUAUGAACGGUAGAGGAUACUGCAAUAAACUGUAAAGCUUAUCUUCCCCUCCUUGUAUUUGAUAUGUCGUGCGCGAUGUGCUGCCUUGUUUUGGGUUGGGUUUGUGUUAUGUCAAUAGUCAAACUAUGCGUGCGCACCUCCAACACCUAUCAUUGACAGUGCGAUUGUAUAGGAGUUGUCAAAUACGCCGAAACACGCAAACGCUUCCCAGCCUAUCCCUGCACGCCUUUGGCCUCUGGAUUCGUCUUGUUCCCCUUCCGGAUUAAAGCGAAAUGGCGAGGAGCAGCUCUCUGUGCGAGUCUUCUACAAGCACUAGAUACUGAUUUUCAGCUUCUACCUAAAGUACAAUAUCACGACAACUAUUCGAUGCAAUGCCAGACCAAAUAACCUAUUUCCUCACGAUCAUCAAGUGUAUAUGAUGCUAUUUACAAUAUAAAAGCAUGACGCUAUUUACGAUAUAAAAGUUACAGAUCUGUAUUUUGAAUAUAAUACUACUAAAUUGAUUACAAGAGCUUGAUAGACCCUAUGCUACUUUACAUAGAGCCGGAGACCUUGAAGGCAGCGGGCACGUUGUUCUCCACCCACUCGAAAACGCUCUGAUCUGUUCCAUAAAGAGAAACAUCCUCCUGCUCCAUGAAGGACAUGGGAGAGGUCGCUGUGAUGGUGAGAGCUACCCUAAAUUUGUCAUCGCCGGAAACCAGAAUACUGACAGGAUUACCAAAUUCAUCCAAAUUAAGUGUUCCAUAGUGCUCGGCAUUGUCUCUUGCCAUACGCUCUCUGUACAUCACUCCCAAGUCAUCCAUCUUGAUACUAAUGAAUGGCAGCCCCGUGACAUACCGUAGCACAUCCUCAGCUACAUCUUGCACAAACUGACCGACUAAGGGGAUGGACGUAUUAUGGUAGGGCUGUGCAUGCACAUUGGCUUGGUGGAACAUGUAUGGGUCCCAACGUUGUUGCAAGAGAGGAAUAGUGCUAGAUUUGGCUUCACGAUUGAUGGCAUCUGCCCCAGUCCACACUUGACUAUCAUUACAUGGAGCUCCGUAUGUCGUCCAAUAGCAGGCACCCUCAUCAUAAAAGCGAACCACACAAUCCAAAUCUUUGCAAUUGAAGGGUAUAUUGGGACUCCAACGAGGUAUAAUAAGGAUACCAUCAGUGCCGUACUCUUCUUCUGUGCUGACCACUGCGUGAUACAUGACCUCGGCAUUCAAUUCAGGCCUGCUGUUGUCACCGACAACGUUUUCGAUUCCGUACUCGACCAACUUGGAAAAGAACAAAGUGUUCCUGAGGUAUGGUUUUCGGCCUACUGGUGGUGUCCCGUUAUAAGAUGCUGGCCACAGACCAGUAAUCUCGGGCGUUACCAAAGACUUUGGCGAGUAAUUAUUUUCCAUUAAUUCUGUGCGGUUGUCUAGGAACUGGUGAGGCGGGGUGGCAAUUUGUCCGUAAUACAAAUCAAUAUAUUCGUCAGAAGCUAUACCCUCGCCCCUGGCGACCUUUUGAUUGUAGCCAAGCUCAGCAUCGUAAUGCUCAGGAAGAGGAUUACACUCUUUAUGCUUACCAUCACACUGCCAGUCCUCCAGCCAAUCCAUAUUCAUGUGGGUCCAAGUGUGAGACAUCCAAUCGAACUCGGCAGCGUACUCAUACGAUGCUUCAUUCAACGACGUAUCCUCGUAGCCGGACAUACCUAGACCAGCACCAUUGUAAGCAGGUUCCAAUUUGAAGUUAGAUCCAGCAGGCAAUACGUUCUCGAUGAAGUCUUUUCUCCACGCCACAUAUGUUUCUACAUCACUACUGUUGAUUUUCCAAGCUUCAUUUGUGUAUUUGAUUCCUGAGUUAAUAAACCAAUCAUCGACAUGUAUAUUCAUGGUCAACCGACGGUACCCGAGGAACACUCCCCUCGUAACCCAUUCAUACCAACUAUGUCCUAGUGCUAAAUUCAUUUGUGUGUAUUCGGUAGAUAAGGUGUAGAAGGGCACAAAAUUCGCCCCAAGUCCGGCCUGGUUCGCAUGAAAACGAAAAUGCAUCUCUUCAGUUCCUAGAGUAGUAUUGGCAACAAACGCGGCUACCGCGGAAUCAGCGGAGAUCGUUUCAUAAUCAUACACCAGAAAGGGGGUAGUCAUGGUUGUGUUCACAACCGAGACGGCUGAAGGUGCGGUCUCAGACACAUUCCAACUUGAAGUCGUGUUCAAAACACCGGCCAAUUGCCUAGCGUUGUCUGAAUCCGCUACCGUUAUAUUUUGAAACGAUGGGUCAAAAAACAUAUCCUGAACACCCAGAACAGUAGAAUCAUUGGCAUCUGCAGUUGAUUGCAAAAAUACAAGUCGUGCACGAGUUCGUGCGGCGUACUCACGAACCCAAGUUUGAUUCACAUCGCUAUCAGCUACUACUAUCGAAUGCCAGCCAUGACCAGCCAAGUCGGGUUGUGCACCAACAAUGACAUCAAAUGGUGAACCAUAUCCUUGAACUACAUUCUUUGGUAGAAUGACAGAGUCGGAUGUUGAACCAACAAUUAAAGUUCGCAAGCCUAACGUACUCCCAGUACUGGCCUCGUUUGUGGAAGUAUCUGUUUGUAACAAGGGUAGCGCAAUCGCUUGCGCAGCAGCUAAUAUGAAAAGUGUUAUUUGCAACAUGAUUGGCAUACAGGAUAUACCAAAUUAUGAUUGUGCU